AUGUUAUAUCAUAUUAACCGACAUUUCAGUCCAUUUGUGACCGAAUUUGUGCCAAAACACCGAAAGGUCACUAAUAUAGAGAUAAAACUUCUUCAACAGUUUAUGGACUCUACCGAUCGGGUUCUGGUGUUGACCGGAGCCGGUAUUUCUACCGAAAGCGGUAUUCCCGACUAUCGGUCAGAAGGUGUUGGUCUUUACGACCGAAAAGGACAUAAACCUAUUCAAUAUCAAGACUUCUUGAGAAGUGAUGACAUUAGAAGAAGAUAUUGGGCCCGAAAUUAUUGCGGUUGGACUCGUUUUAGUAGUUUUGAGCCAAACGUCGGUCACAAAUGUUUGGCCGAAUGGGAACGUCGGCGAAGAGUACACACAGUUGUGACACAAAAUGUCGAUCGACUUCAUUAUAAGGCCGGCUCUGAAAAUGUGAUUGAAAUACAUGGAAAUGCUUUUGUUGUGAAAUGUCUUUAUUGCAGAUAUCGUGUCUCAAGAUAUCUAUUUCAGCAAAUAUUAAAACAAUUAAAUGAAGACAUUAUCACUAAUGAUAUACUUAAUCAAAGCAAUACUCUUAGACCCGAUGGUGACAUUGAUAUAGACUCUAAAUUUAUGCAACAAUUUCGUUAUCCUUCGUGUCCUCGAUGUGAUGGACUACUCAAACCUGAUAUUAUAUUCUUUGGCGAUAAUGUGUCUAAAGAUGUUGUUAAUGAUGUUAACAAUAAAUUGAAAGAAAGUGAUGCACUUGUUAUCAUUGGGUCAUCACUUCAAGUAUACUCUGGCUAUAGGUUUGCGUUGAUGGCUAAAGAACUGAAUAAACCAAUUGCUAUACUAAACAUCGGUACGACUCGUGCCGACCAUUUCGACAAAAUAGUCCGAUUGUAUACCAGAGCUGGAGAUACGUUACAUCAUAUUGUUGUUUAA